CUUCCAUUAGAUAUGAGGAAAAAAUGGUUAGAGAACAGUCACAAGAUCACAGCAUUGGGCAAAUUUCCGACUUUGAAUGAUGUGGUAAAGAUGGUUGAAGUGGAAGCAGAGAAGAGGCGUGACCCUGUAUUUGGUUCUUUGGUUGACAUGUCACUUGUUUCAAGCAAAUCGUCCAUCAAGGCUCAGGCAUUUAUUGCUGAAUCCAAAGUGUCAGAAAGUUUCUCAAGAGAAGGUAAUCUGCCUGCAGUAGUCAGCAAGCAUUGUAUCAGAUGCAGCCAAGAUCAUUGGUUGGACCAGUGCUCAGUUUUUGUGUCAGACAAAUAUGAAGAAAGAAGGAAGAUGGUGUUAAGCAAAGGUCUGUGCUUCAAAUGUCUUAAACCAAACCACACAGCACAUGAAUGUAAAUUUAAAAGGAACUGUGAAGUUUGUGGGAAAAGGCAUCAUACUCUUCUACAUAGUUACAAUAGUAUGCCAAAUGAGAACAAUUCCUCUACCCCUCCACGUGCUGCUAAUGGGUUUGUUGACACGGAAAAUGUUGCAAUUGGACUACCCAUAGUGCCAGUGAAGGUGAAAAACCCAAAUGGAAACAAUGUAGUGCAAACGUACGCACUACUGGACAGCGGUUCAAAUUCCACCUUCUGCACUGAAGGUCUCAAGAAGAAACUGGGAAUAAAGGGAAAGAAAACACAGUACACACUAACAACCCUAGAAAAAGAAGCUACCCCAGUGAUUGGAGAAAUUGUCAGCUUACAGAUAAGUGAUGUAGAUGAAAACCAUAGUAUGCAACUGUCAACAGUAUUAACAAGAAGCAAACUCCCUAUAUCAUUAGAAGACAGGGCAACACAAGAAGACAUCAGUGAAUGGACCCACUUACAGGACAUCCCCUUCUACUUCCACAAACAAGAUGAAACAAUAGGGCUGCUUAUUGGAAAUGAUAACUUUGAAGCAUUAAGGCCCAAGAAAGUGGUUAGUGGAGGAGAGGGAGAACCAUGUGCUAUACAGACUGUACUCGGAUGGACAAUAAAUGGCCCACUAAAACGGAAAGGAAAGACUGUGACUUCAAAUUUCAUAAGGAAAGAUUCCCAACUUACUCAAAUGUUUAACAAGUACACUGAAAGAGACUUUGAGGAAGUUAAAGGAAAAGAAGAGAUGUCCAGAGAAGAUAUCAAGGCACUAGGGAUAUUCAAGACAAGUGUGAAAUAUGAAGAUGGGCAUUAUUGCGUAGACUUACCAUGGAGAGAAGAAAAACCUCUUGAUAACAACAUUGAUAUGGCAAGGAGGAGGCUGUUACUAUUAAAGAAAAGGUUGGACAAGGACCCAGAGUUAAAGGUGAAUUAUGUGGGUGCAAUGAAGGAAAACUUGAAGAAGGGAUAUGCUGAGAAAGUUAUGACAAACAAAGAUCAACCGCAGGCAUGGUAUCUGCCACAUUUUCCAGUAUUCAAUCCAGCAAAACCUGAGAAGACAAGAAUAGUUUUUGAUUGUGCGUCCAAAUUCAAAGGAAGAUCUUUGAAUGACUGUCUGCUACAGGGGCCCGAUCUUACAAGUUCAUUAUUUGGUGUGCUCACAAGAUUUAGAAAAAAUGAAGUAGCAGUAAUGGGAGAUAUCAAAGAAAUGUUUCAUCAAGUGAGAGUUAGCCCAGCUCACUGUGACUACUUAAGAUUCCUUUGGUGGGAUACAGAAGACUUCAAUGAGGAACCAGGAAUAUACAGGAUGAAAGUUCACUUGUUUGGAGCUACGUCAUCACCUAGUGUAUGCAGCUAUGCAUUGCAAAAGGCAGCUGAAGAUAAUGAAAAGGAGUUUGGCAAUGAGAUUGCUCAAAGUGUGAAGGAAAAUUUCUAUGUUGAUGAUUGUUUGAAGUCGCUACAUACAGAAGAAGAGGCAAUUCACUUUGUUACCAAAGUUACGCAAUUGCUUGAUAAAGGAGGUUUCAAGAUUACCAAAUGGAUAUCAAAUUCGUCCAAAGUGUUAGAAUCCAUACCAGAAAGUGACAGAAAUCCAAAGGUUAAAGACUUGGACUUAGAAAAGCUACCAAUUGAGAAAGCUUUAGGAGUGUUGUGGGACACUGAGAAGGAUUCAUUUGGAUUUAAGGUCAAGGUCAAAGAGAAGCCAGCAACAAGAAGAGGCAUUUUAUCCAUUAUCAGUUCUGUGUAUGAUCCACUUGGAUUUACUGCACCAUGUAUGUUACAAGCCAAAAUAUUACUCCAAGAUCUAGCCAGGGCCAAGUUGGACUGGGAUGAAGAGAUAAGUGAGCAGAAUUUUAGGAUCUGGCAAAGAUGGCUGUCUGAAGUGCACAAGUUAGCCAAGUUUUCAAGUCCAAGGUGUUUAAAGCCAUGUAAAUUUGGUCUAGUGGAGUCAUGUCAGUUACAUCAUUUUUCAGACGCAUCACAAGUAGGAUAUGGAGCAGUUUCGUAUGCACGACUGAUGAAUUAUGACAAAGAAGUUAGUGUUGUUUUUCUGGUAGGCAAGUCCAGAGUCACGCCAUUGAAAACAGUGACAGUUCCCAGAUUAGAGCUAGCUGCAGCCACUGUGUCAGUGAAAUUAGACCAGAUGAUUAGGAAAGAGAUAGAUUUACCUAUUGAAAAAUCAGUUUUCUGGACAGACAGCAUGGCUGUGCUACGAUAUAUACACAAUGAGGAUAAAAGGUUUCAUACAUAUGUGGCAAAUAGAGUUACAAUGAUUCGUGAGAAUACUGAUUUGUGCAAUUGGAAGCAUGUGUCUAGUGAUAUAAACCCUGCAGAUCAUGCUUCAAGAGGGCUCACAGCAAAUCAGUUAAUUCAUGAGAAUACAUGGAUUGCAGGGCCGGCAUUUUUGUCCAAGUUUGAAGAUGAAUGGCCAGCACAAGCUGUUUAUGAAGGACAGUUGGACAGUGAUGACCCAGAGGUGAAAAGGAAGGUCAGUACAUGUGCACAGACAGCAGAAAAAACAGGAUUUUUACACAAUCUGAUUCAGAAGUACUCCUCGUGGACAAAAACUGUGAGAGUUGUUGCCUGGAUUUUAAGAUUUAUUACUAGGCUGAAAGGAGCACAAAGCAAAGAAAGAUAUUUAUCAGUAGAUGAAGUUGACGAAGCUGAGAUGAUAAUCAUCAAAACUGUACAAAAAUCAUGUUUUCCUGAAGAGUUCAAAUCAUUGUCUGAAGGUCAAGGAGGACAGAUAAAGAAGUCUAGCAGUUUAUACAAGUUGAAGCCCAUGAUGUUCAAUGGUUUGUUAUGUGUUGGAGGAAGAUUGGUACAUGCAGGGAUACCAGAAAAAAUGAAACACCCUGUAAUAUUGCCUAAAAAGCACCAUGUUACACAUUUGAUUAUUCAACAUUAUCAUCAGGCAUGUGGUCAUUCAGGGAGAGAUUAUGUUCUUUCACAGCUCAGAAGCAGAUAUUGGAUAAUCAAGGCCAAUUCCACUGUACGUCAUGUUCUUCACAGUUGUCAUGAUUGUAAAAGAAGACAAGCUUCACCAUGUGUCCAACAGAUGUCAGACUUGCCUGAAGAAAGGGUUAAACCAGACAAGCCACCGUUUACAUAUGUUGGGAUAGAUUAUUUUGGACCCUUUCACAUUAAGAGAGCAAGAAGUAUGGUCAAAUAUUAUGGGUGUAUAUUUACAUGUUUGACAUCUAAAGCAGUACACAUUGAAGUUUCAAGUGCAUUGGAUACAGACGCAUUUAUUAAUGCGCUGCGCAGGUUUAUCGCCAGGAGAGGUGCUCCAGAGUUGAUCAGAAGUGACAAUGGCACUAAUUUUGUGGCAGGAGAACGAGAAUUAAGGGAAUCCAUUUUAUCAUGGAAUCAAGAAGCUGUUAAUGACUUUCUAGUGCAGAAACAUGUGAAAUGGGUGUUUAAUCCACCUGCUGCCUCACACUGGGGAGGAGUGUGGGAGAGGUGCAUUAGAAGCAUACGUAAAGUGCUAUCUGCAGUGCUGAAGCUACAGACUUUGGAUGUUGAAGGGUUAAUGACUUUCAUGACUGAAGUAGAAUCCAUACUGAAUGGAAGGCCAAUUACCACAGUCUCUGAUGAUCCAAAUGACUUGGAGCCUUUGACACCGAAUCACUUGCUUCUCCUACGAUCAGUAAAUAAUUUACCACCAGGAGUAUUCAGGAAAGAAGAUUUAUAUGUCAGGCGCAGAUGGCGUCAAGUUCAGUACAUGGCAGACCAAUUCUGGAAAAGGUGGAUCAGUGAAUACUUACCCUUAUUGCAAACAAGGCAGAAAUGGAUUAAGCCAGAAAGAAAUAUUCAUGUUGAUGAUGUUGUAUUACUGGUUGAUGAUGUAUUACCUCGAGGAAAUUGGCCUCUUGCCCGUGUGGUUAACAUUUUUCCUGGAGAUGAUGGUCUUGUGCGCAAAGUUAGAGUCAGGACACAAAAUUCCAUGUUAGUACGACCUGUAACCAAGUGUGUGUUUUUGGAAGGUCAAAAUGAAGAUUAACAUUGUUUAUGAUAUAAUCGAGGUGAAUAAUUAGACCUAAGGAUACAUCAAGUGGAUGUGUUAAACAGUGUAAGGGAUGUAGGCGGAUCGCUGUCCCAGUGAGACUUGAAAAUGUUAUGUUUUUGAUUAUAUUGAAUGUUUUUUUUUAAUAGUUUAUAAGGGAUUUCUCUUUGCUAUACUUACAAUACAUUGUUUAUGUUAUACCGUAUUUGAAUAAUUAAGAUCACUAGUAGCAGUUUGCUGAAGUAGUUAAAGAUGUAUAUGGAUAGUUAAGAAGCAUGGCAUGCUCUUAAGGUGGAGGGUGUAUGUAGUGGCUAGAAUUCUAUAUCCCGUGUUUAAGGGAAAGUAAUUACCAUGUAGUCUCACAUACUGCAUUCGGUGCAAUUGCUAUGUAUUUGGUUGAGAAAAUGAUCUUUAGAAGAAAGAGAUUCGU